GUAAUAGAUGACUAAUGGUCAAAUGACAUCAGAGGCUUUUUUUGCCAAGUGAACUGGGCUCCAGAAACAGAGAGAGAGAGAGGAGGAGAGAGAGAGAGAGAGAGAGAGAUCAAUCUGAUGCACUUAGGAGUUAGUAGGAGGAGGGGAUGCUGCAUAAGUCUAAGUAUGACCGGUUCAGGAAUGACUCGCUGACAUCAUCUGAAGGGCUGAAGCAGCAGCUAGCAAUGAGCAGCAGUAAGGGAGCAGUAACAGUGGUCACUACCUCGCCUCCCCCUUGCCCAGCCCCAACCCCUACCCCAACACCAGCUCCAAACCCAACCCCGACUUCAGGCGCCCCAGCCUCAGGGGGCGAGGAGCAGGAUGACCCUACCACCUUCUGCACUCUCAUCCCCAAAAUCCCACAUUGGAAGUUCUCCCACUCCGGCUCUGGCUUCUUGGGAAGCAGGAAUAAGGAGAUGCCUCCAUCCAGGGCUAGUCCCGCUGCCACUGCUGGUGGUGGCGUGGCUGAUGGGCUCAGCGCUGUGUUCAGCUCCUGUGACAGUGCGUGCGCUGCUCAUUGCUCCCUGCAGGCAAUGAACAGGCUGCGAGGAGGAGGUGGUGGAGCUGGAGCUGCUGGUGGAGCUGCUGGUGGUGGUGGUGGUGGUGGUGGUGGAGGCAGGAAGGUGCGUGUAGAAGGCAUCAAACUAGCCGGAGAAGAGUGGAACCGGAAAGGAAGCUUCAUUAACAAGCUCCAGGGCUGGCUGCACACUGAUGACAAGAUACUCGGAUCUGGUGUCUCUUACAUUGUCCGUUACAUGGGCUGUAUAGAGGUGCUAAAGUCAAUGAGAUCCCUCGAUUUCUACACAAGGACACAAGUCACAAGGGAAGCCAUUAACCGACUGUAUGAAGCUGUUCCCGGAGUGAAAGGGACUUGGAAGAAGAAGGUGCCCAACAAAGGCCUCCUCUCGGUGCUGGGGAAAAGCAACCUGCAGUUUGCGGGGAUGAGCAUCGCUGCUAACAUUUCCAUCGAUGGGUUACACCUGACGCUACCAACCACGAGGCAGAUCAUCGCAAACCAUCACAUGCAGUCCAUCUCCUUCGCGUCAGGUGGGGACACGGAUACCACGGAUUACGUUGCCUAUGUAGCCAAGGACCCCGUAAACCUGAGAGCCUGCCAUAUCCUGGAGUGCUGUGAGGGUUGCCAGAAUGUAAUCAACACGAUAGGACAAGCCUUCGAACUGAGGUUCAAGCAGUAUCUCCACAAUCCCCCAAAACUCAUCACCCCCCUGGAACGGAUGACAGGCAGUGAGGAGUCCGCCUGGGGCGAGGAAGAAGAGUCAUCAGAGCACAAUUACUACAACAGCAUCCCGGGAAAGCAGCCCCCUGUAGGGGGCGUCGUUGACUCCAGGCAGAGACACGUGCAACCAUCAAGCUCCAUUGGAGCGACCCAGUUUGGUUAUUGCUCGCGGAGAGACGCUGCUGAACUUCCCGAAACUCAGGACUUUGGCGGCCAGAGCGAGGGGCAAGCUACAGCAGUCCUGACCAGCGAUGGUUACCUCAGGCCCUAUGGGAAAGCCUCGUGGGAAGAUCACAUGUACGUCAACACGCAAUGCCUGGACAAAUGGGACUGUAACGGCAAGAGGACACGCGUGUGCUUGCACGGCGCGUCAGUGGACACCAAGGAGAGUCCGGAGAAAGACAUCUUUGACAUGAGGCCGUUCGAAGAUGCUCUGAAGCUUCACGAAGCCGGGGGGCUGCGCCGGGCGGGGAGAGCCGGUGGCUUGUCGGGCGGGGGAGCGGCCAAGCUCCCUGGUGGCGGGGUAGGGGGGGAGGAGGAGAGGCUGAGGCGGGAGCCCUGGUAUCACGGCAAGAUCGACAGGAAAGACGCCGAGAGGCUGCUGGAGGCGGACGGAGACUUUCUGGUCAGGCACAGCAUCAGCAGCCACGGCCAGUACGUGCUGACGGGAAUACACAACUCGCAGCCCAAACACCUGCUGCUGGUCGACCCGGAGGGAAUGGUUCGGACCAAGGAUUUGCUGUUCGACAGCAUCAGUCACCUCAUCAACUAUCACUUCGAGAACGAGUUGCCCAUCGUGGCGGCCGAGAGCGAGGUGUGUCUGAGACAAGCCAUCAGACGGAAGGUGUGAGCAGAGCUGAGACAUCACCGCCGGUCUCGGAGGGUGAAAUGCGAAUGUCCCUAAAUUCCUCAGAGAUUCCGACCUGGAAUGAAUGUGUCCACUUGCUCCCGAAAGAGAAUUUCCUGGAAGGUGGAGGAGAGACAUUGGGAUGUUUACUGAGGGAGUGAGGAGCCGGAAUUGCCUCGAUCCCUGGGACAACAGUCAGCUUCUCGUUGCUUUCUGCUCCACGGCUGGCCUGAGAGUGUUGCUUAACGCCGUCUGUCAAACCAUUGCACCAACUUGGAAACACUGCCAGAGACUGAGCCCAGCUGUUAAUGUCGCCACAAGCCUUGGAGCGAAACAGUGCAGCCCGUCAACAAACCUGGUGUUAGAGGCUCUAGGGCGAAAGGGAGCAAUUGACUCCUGUCUGGUUCUGUACAGUUUGUGUGUGUUUCAGUCCUGUAAAUAUUUAUAUGUAUAUAUAUAUAAUAUGGACGGGCAGUGUAGAGGGAGCUUUACCCUAUCUCUCACCCUGACCUGGGAGUGUGCACGCUAAGCGUAGAGACAUCUUAACCCUGUCUCUCACCCUGACCUGGGACUGUGGACAGACAGUGUAGAGGGAACUUUACUCUGUCUCUAACUCGCGCUAUCGCCGAUGUAGAGUUUGUUGCUGAACAUGUUCCCCGGCUCUGACAUCGCACACUCUCCCGGCUACAAAAGAGACCGAAGGGAAGCGUUCGCCUGGCGCACGGAUGUUUGACCCCAUGAGCUGGAUUGUAAAUAAAUGAUUGUAAAUUUCUGGUUGAGACGAAGAUUUUUGUUUUCUGACCUUUUACAAUUCUAAAAUAAAAUUAAAAGUUGAACCUGCUGCAGUUAAACACAGCGUCUCUUCGGUUGCGAAGGCAUCUCAAGGCGCUUAACAGUCCUGGCUUGGUAGCUGAGCUGCGGCUGGGAACCGAGGGGAUUGAAGAGGGGAAGAUUGACCCAAAGUGCGGUCAAAGAAAUCGAAAGAAUUGUGUCGGAAACGUUCUUAUGAUUUGCCUUGUCCCUUCCUCCCCCAUCUUCAGGCCACACCUGAACACCGUCCUCUUUCCCCCGUGCCUCCCCCCGGCUCAGCAUCAUGCUCUGCCGUUGUCUGAGGGGGCGUUGUUGUCACCGGUGGAGACCAGGGAAUUGUUCUUAUGUGGA